AGAAGCACGGGAGUGGGACAAGUAAUGGCGGGAACGCUAGGAAGUGAUUCUCAGAAGCAGCUUCUUACCCUAAUUCGCAACUUCGCAACCGAAAAAUCGCAAGGAGAACGAAGAAUUUUAAGUCUGAAAAAGCGAAUUGAAGAGCUUCGAUCCGAGGCGGAAAUCGCAAAUGCGGAGCUUGAAGACACCAAACGCGCCAAAGAAACCGCUGAGCAAGAGCUUAAGGGCUAUGAAGUUGAAUUGGCUUUGAGUGAGACUUCGAUCCAAAGCCUAAAGUCGAGGAUUUCUCUGAUUCAAGACGAAAUUUCCUCCGUCGGAUCUGAUUUAGAAGCUCUUAAGAACGAUGAAGGAGCUUUACGUGAUGAGUUUACGAGUCAAAUGUUUGAGCUCAAUGCUAAGAUAAGGAAGUUCCAAGAGACAUUUACUUGCAAUUUUCACAAGGAGUUUUCUCUUGGAACUUUAGCUGGAAAGGAGCUUAAUGGAGUACCUUUAUCUACUCUGGAAGACAUGCUGGACCAAGUAAUCUCUCAAACAAGUAUGACGGAAGAAGAAUACCUCGCAGAACAGAAUAUUCAAAAGCAGGAUACCCAGAAGGAGUUGAUUGAUUGUGAGAGAAAUGUGUCGCUGACUAAGGUCAUACUGAAGACAACACAAGCGUUGCAGGACUUAACAAGAUAUCCUUACAGAAAAUUCAUGGCAAAGUGCUUACUUCUUAAUGAUUUCUGUGGGCGAAGGAACAGAAAAUUGUUCAUCGGAUGGGGUCAUUAUCAAAUUGUGGAUAAAUUGCUUAAGAAUCAUUGAAGCAACAUUAUACAUAUUAAAGUUGCUUGCCCGCCAUUACGUUUGAGUCCUAGGAUAAUUCUUUAUUUGAAAAUUUCCAGUCUCAAAAAAAAUUCAUAAUGGACAUUUUGCUCAGACCA